AUGUACAUGAGUAAAAAGACUAUGAACUCAUUUUCUGCAUUUACUCAUGAAAAUACUUCUAAUGCAAAUAGAGCAAAGAUUUUGAGUGAUCUGAUCUGGGAUCAUUUUGUGAAUGUCAUUGAGCUACUCAACAAUGCAAUGUAUUCAGUUAAAACAUGUCCAUAUAUUGAAUAUGGUACAAAAUUAUUAUCUGGUCUGAUUAAUUAUGAACUGGAUUUCUAA